AGGCGGCGGCGAGGAGAAACCGAGGGAGGGCGACGAGAGGAGGCCGGGCCGGCGGCGGGAGAGGCCGAGCGAGCGUUUUCGAGGUCCGGGAUGCCCUACAAGCUGAAGAAAGAGAAGGAGCCUCCAAAGUCCACUAAAAGCACUACAAAAGCCAGUAGUAGCAGCAGCAGCAGCGGCGGUGGCGGCGGCGGCGGCGGUAGCAGUGGCAGUGGCAAAGAUGGAGGCACGGAGAAUUCAGAAGAGGUCCAGCAGCAGCAGCAACAGCAGCAGCAGCAGACCUCGAAUAAGCGACCCAGCAACAGCACCCCCCCACCAACCCAGCUGAAUAAGAUCAAGUAUUCAGGGGGACCCCAGAUUGUAAAGAAGGAGCGGCGGCAGAGCUCCUCCCGCUUCAACUUAAGCAAAAACCGGGAACUCCAGAAACUCCCUGCCCUUAAAGAUGCACCUCCUCACGAACGGGAAGAGCUCUUCAUACAGAAGCUGCGACAAUGCUGCGUCCUCUUCGACUUUGUUUCUGACCCGCUCAGCGACUUGAAGUUCAAAGAGGUGAAGCGAGCGGGCCUCAACGAGAUGGUGGAAUACAUCACACACAACCGGGAUGUUGUCACAGAGGCCAUUUAUCCCGAAGCUGUUAUCAUGUUUUCAGUAAAUCUCUUCCGUACGCUUCCCCCGUCAUCCAAUCCUACGGGAGCAGAAUUUGACCCUGAGGAAGAUGAACCUACGCUAGAAGCUGCUUGGCCACACCUCCAGCUGGUUUAUGAAUUCUUUUUGAGGUUCCUGGAGUCCCCAGACUUCCAACCAAACAUAGCCAAGAAAUAUAUUGACCAGAAGUUUGUAUUGUCACUGCUGGACCUGUUUGACAGUGAAGAUCCCAGAGAGCGGGACUUUCUGAAGACUAUUUUGCAUAGGAUUUAUGGGAAAUUCUUGGGCCUCCGAGCAUAUAUAAGGCGGCAGAUCAACAACAUAUUUUACAGGUUUAUCUAUGAGACAGAACACCAUAACGGAAUUGCAGAACUGCUAGAGAUUUUAGGGAGUAUAAUCAAUGGAUUUGCUUUGCCCCUGAAGGAAGAGCACAAGAUGUUCCUCAUCCGGGUCUUGCUGCCGUUGCACAAAGUGAAAUCUCUGAGCGUCUACCACCCCCAGUUGGCAUACUGUGUGGUGCAGUUCUUGGAGAAAGAUAGCAGCCUGACCGAACCGGUGAUUAUGGGCUUGCUGAAGUUUUGGCCAAAAACACACAGUCCCAAGGAGGUGAUGUUCCUGAAUGAGCUGGAAGAAAUAUUAGACGUCAUUGAACCCUCGGAGUUUGUGAAGGUUAUGGAACCCCUGUUCCGGCAACUGGCGAAGUGUGUCUCCAGCCCACACUUCCAGGUGGCCGAGAGGGCGUUGUACUAUUGGAACAAUGAGUACAUCAUGAGCUUGAUCAGUGACAAUGCAGCCAAAAUUCUCCCCAUCAUGUUCCCGGCGCUCUACAAGAAUUCCAAAAGUCAUUGGAACAAGACAAUCCAUGGGUUGAUCUACAAUGCACUGAAGCUGUUCAUGGAGAUGAACCAGAAGCUGUUUGACGACUGCACACAGCAGUAUAAGGCAGAGAAGCAGAAAGGGCGGUUCAGGUUGAAGGAACGAGAAGAGAUGUGGCACAAGAUUGAGGAGCUGGCCCGCCAAAAUCCUCAGUACCCCAUGUAUUGCGCCCCCCCACCCUUGCCUCCUGUUUAUUGCAUGGAGACGGAGACCCCCACUGCAGAGGACAUACAGCUACUGAAGAAAACGAUGGAAACGGAGGCUGUGCAGAUGCUGAAAGACAUAAAGAAGGAGAAGGUUCUGCUGCGUCGGAAAUCGGAGCUUCCCCAGGACGUCUACACCAUAAAGGCCCUGGAAGCGCACAAGAGAGCGGAAGAAUUCCUCACCUCGAGCCAGGAGGCGCUCUGACGGGCUAGGGAGCCCCUGGAGGGAACACAGAAAUGCACUUUGUUCUGAUGUAUAACUAGGGAAUGAACAUGGUGAGCUGUGCCUGUCCUCCGCUCCAUUCUCAUUCUUUCAGGUUAGAUUUGAUUUUACAUUGUACCUCAUAUCCCCCACGACACUGUCACUUCCUCCUGCUUUUUCCUGUUUACAAAGCUGUUUUUUGUGUGCACGUGUGAAAGGGAGCCUAGCCCCAUCCAUGAGGGGGUCAUUCCACACAAGGGUCAUCCCUGCUCCUCCUCCUCCUGUUCCCCCCCCCUCUCCCCACCAAUCUAUUCCAGUCCCAGGACCAAAGCAUCGAGAGUUCAGCUGCAAACUUACAGCAGCCUUAGCCCGAGCUGGCGCCCUGCAGAUGUUCUGGACCACAAAUCCCAUCAGGUAGUCCCGAACAUCUGGAAGGCACCAGAUGGUCAAAGGCUGGUGCUACAGUAAUAAUUCACUACAGCCCCCCUAGCACUUGUUUAUAUCCCCUUUUUUUAAUCUACACCCCACACAAUGAUAAGGUCUGAAGAACGGAACAUAUUAUGUGAAACUGGCAGAGCUGCUCACUACAGUCCAGCUUCCUAGGGAUCAAGGCAGGCUUGUUCCUUGGGGACCAAGCUAGAUUUAGGAACAUAGUUUUGCUUCCCCCCCCCCUCCCGGGGAUAAAUGGCUAAUUAGAGAGUACCGAUUUGAUUUAUAUGGACAAUGGUCACUGGCUUUUUUGUUGGGUUCUGUGCAAGGAUGUAAACAUUGUGUAUGUGUGUCAGUGUAAGAAAGAGAUCAUGAAUGCAAAUGGAGGGUGAGUCAGGCAAAUUUACAAUUUGUUCUAUUUGCACUCCCCCCCCCCCAAUGGCACAAUGGCAGCCUUAGAGUUCUAGGUCUGGCCUGUGCUUUUUGCUGCUCGAUCAUUUGGAUUGUCCGUCCCAAAUACAGACUAGUUAUUGAUCUACACAUUUACCGCACAAGAGCCUCCCUUAUGAACUGGUCGGCUUCUCUCUCUGCAGUUUCAGCUAGAACUGGAGCGAGAUUUGACGCAGAUUCUCCUACUUAUGCCAACCUCCCUUUCUCCACUGUUGGUUUCUAAGCUUGGGAGAAUGCUGGGUGAAUUGCUUCCUGACUUAAGUUCACAGUACACAAACAGCUUUGUAAGCAUUUUUCAUAUUGGGAACAAGGGCGGGAGGGGACUUAACUGCACAAGCCAGGGAACACCUGUUGCUGUUUUCUUAAUAGGGAUCUGCACUUCGUUUGCUUGGGGGGGACUAAGCCUCAGUGUGCUCAAGUUCAUUUCAGCCGUUCUAGUUCCAUGGGCCUCACCUUGGAAAGUCUCGGAGCAAGAGAUAGCAAAGGCUCAUUUUAGGGUGGUAGCCGGAGAGGAUUAUCCCAUUUCCCAUAAGCUAUAGGUUUUAGCUUGUGAGCCACUGACUCAAAUCCCCUGCUCAAUGCAAGCAAUCCAGAGCUAGAGUGUGCUAGAGGUGGCCAUCCAACAGCAACUCGUGGAGUUCCUGUAAGGGUCAGCCUUCCAUACCUAUAGGUAAUUGUCAAACUGCUCUUACCUUCGCAAUUUUUCUCCUAUUAGUGAACCAAAAUAUACCCUCCUGUAUUUUAAGGCCAUAAGAGCUACUCUUGCCUUCCAGGGGCAGAAAAGGACAAAUGGUGGCCUUCUUUGUGAUAGCUUUUCAGGUAUUUCAAGUGCUAGCAUGUCCGCCUUCAGUCUUUUCUUCUGCAGCUGUAACAUUCCCUGUUCCUUUAAUGUAUCCUUACGAGACUUGUUUUCUAUAGUUGACCACGUUUGUUGGCCUCCGCUUAAUCCAGUUGUCUAUAUCAGGGGUUCCAUGGACCGCCAGUGGUCCAGGAGAAAUGUGUUUGAAGAACAAUUUGAAUUCCAUAGAAUUCUAUACAAUUCAAAUUGUAGUACAAUAUGAGAAAUAAAAGAAGCAAUAAAAAAUACAAGUAAAAACCAUACAGCAUCAAAGCACAGCACGUUACAACAGGCAGAGGAAAAUCAUUAAGUGGUCUGCCUCAAAGUUGGGGCACCCAGAACUGGACACAUUACUCCAGAUGUGGUCUGACUUGUGUAGAGUAAAAUGGAACUAUUACUUCUCAUCUAGCCUAUAUUUAACCAGUUCACCAACAAAAAAAAAAAAGACUUUGCCAAAUGCUUAGCUGUAAUAAAGAUAAAUUACAUCCAGAGCAUUCCCACACUCCAA